AUGCACGCAGUCGCGACAGCCGCAGCUGCUGCUGCGAAGGGGGAGGCGCAGCAAGUGCAGCAGCAAGUGCAGCAGCAACAGCAGCAGCAACAGCAGCAGCAAGUGCAUGUGUUUGCUCCGCGAAACUUCCGUUUCUUCGAUAGUGCCCGUGGCAAGGUGUUGAAUGUCUUCUUCCACAACGCCUUCGGUACGCUGCUUACCCUUCGCUGCAUGCUAGCACAACCGCACUCUCCUCAAAUAGAUCCUCCAAGCUCUGUGGGGUGCUCAGUGAGCCACAAUAGACAAACGGAUGCUCUCGCACCGCCGUUCGAUCGAGUUGCAUGCUAUGAACUCAGCGAAUCGCCGUCCGUGUGUGUAGAGCACCCACGAUGCAGUAUGCAGGAAGGGCAGGCGUCGAAAUCGCCUCGAUGCGCUUUGUCAAACGCGUAUCUUUCUCUUGCUGCGUCUUCUCUCUGCCAUCGCGCCGUGGAAUCCGUGGAAAGCCCAUCCGUGCAGAAGGAGGAGCUGCAAGCCGUUAUUCUUGAUCUCAUGAAUGAGCUUGGCGUGGAGCCCAUGCCACUGAUGACUGCCCUUCAAGAAGCAGGAGCAUCCAACGCAGAAAGCAUCUGCGAACUCGCAAAGGAACUGGCAGCUGAAGUGCUUGCUACAGAACGGAAUAUGAAGCAAGUAGAGGAAGAGGCGAGUAGUGAAGUUGAGACAUCGGAAGAAAGCCUCCUCGAGGAGCUGCUGCAAUCCUCUCUAGGCUUUAUUGGGGGUAGCGCAAGCCCCCUCUCUCCAGCGGGUGCAACGUUGUCGGGGAUCGAGACUCAGGAUGCACGCAUCCGCAUUGGCGUGAACGGAUUUGGCAGGAUAGGGCGUCUUGUGUUUAGAAUUGCAAGUUCUCGACCAGACAUGGCUAUCACCCACGUGAACAGCAGCAUGUCUCCAGAGUACUUGGCGUACAUGCUCAAGUUUGACUCUGUUCAUGGCCGUUUUCCCGGAACGGUAGAGGUUCAAGACGGCACCCUCUUUGUGAACGGCAGGAAGGUGUAUCUUACUUCUUCGCGCGAUCCCAAGACGAUUGACUGGCAAGCCAGCGGUACAGACUUUGUUUGCGAGAGUACAGGCGCGUUUUGCACGCUGAAGGAUGCUUCGCUGCAUGUUGACAGGCCGGGGGGUGCGCGUCACGUGGUGAUUUCGGCUCCUGCGAAGGACGAGGAAACGCCGACGCUGGUGGUCGGGGUGAAUGCAGAAACUGCCUAUACACCUGAGAUGCGUGUGGUAUCCUGUGCUUCCUGCACGACGAACGGUCUGGCGCCCCUCGUGAAGGUGAUCGACUCGAAUUUUGGUCUUGAGGAAGGCUUGAUGACGACCGUUCAUGCUGUAACGGGCACCCAGCGAGUCGUUGACAUGGCCAGCGCAAAGGACUGGCGUGGCGGGAGAGCCGCCGGCUCUAACAUCAUUCCUUCUUCUACAGGGGCGGCAAAAGCCGUCGCUCGCUGCUUGCCACAUAUGAAGGGCAAGCUGACGGGCAUGGCGUUUCGCGUUCCCACGCUGGAUGUCUCGGUGGUUGACUUGACGUGCCGUCUGAAGAAGAGCACUUCCUAUGAAGAGAUCAAAGCGGCAGUUAAAGCCGCAGCGGAAGGCGACAUGAAGGGCAUUUUGGGAUACACCGAAGAAGACGUUGUCUCUUCGGAUAUCACCGGCACGGAGUGCAGCACCGUGUUCGACGCCAAUGCAGGCAUCAUGUUGAAUCCUAACUUUGUGAAGCUCAUUUCCUGGUACGACAAUGAGUUCUCCUAUUCGGCAAGGCUGGUAGAUCUGAUCGCCAUCAUGGCUGCGAAGGACGGUCUCGUGCCGCAAGGCACAGGCCUUAACAGGAAGCCGUUUUGA